AUGAUUUUCCGACCUCUAAGCUGGAAGCAUCGCUCACCACAUACUCCAUCGCAAUCGAGCGACAACCACGUACUGAGAUUCCUUCAAGAUGGCACCUUUCAGAUUACCGUAUUCUCAGAUCUCCAUUUUGCCGAGGAAGAGGACAGCAUAAACGGUCCAAUGAAGGACGCGAGGACUGCAGAAGUUGUAAAAAAGGUGCUUGAACGCGAGCAUUCACAGUUAGUCGUGCUCAAUGGAGAUCUUAUAUCGGGCUAUGACACAAAGGCCGACAACGCGACGCUUUACUUGGAUCAGAUUGUCGCACCAAUUGUUGAUUUGGGCCUGCCGUGGGCAACGACAUACGGGAAUCACGAUAAUCAAGCUUAUUCAAAGUCUACCGACCUUUUAAGACGAGAACAGGAUUACAAAAACAGUCUAACUAAAAACAUGUUGCCUGGUAAUUCUCAGGCGGGAGUCUCCAAUUACUUUCUACCGGUAUAUUCGGCCUCUGGGAAUCAGGAUGUGCCAGAAGCCAUCCUAUGGUUUUUUGACAGUAGAGGAGGAGACGAGCGACAUGACUGGGUCGAUGAUUCGGUUGUCGACUGGUUUAAGGAAACUAGUGCAAAUCUCACCCAACAAUACAAGAAGACCAUCCCGUCGCUUGCUUUUUUUCACAUACCUAUCACUGCCACAUAUGAAUUCCAGGAAUCUCCAGGUGUUGAUGCCAGUAGGGAACCGGGCAUCGACGGGGAAAAGGUCUGGUGGCAAGGCCGAAUGUUCGAUGGCAAGGUUGGCCACGACGUGUCGUUCAUGACCGCGCUGUCGAACACGGAUGGGCUGUUAGCAACCUUUAGCGGCCACGACCAUGACAAUGACUGGUGCUUCAAGUGGAAAAGCACUACUGCCAAUCAAGCCUCCGCUGGAGAUGGUGUCAACGUAUGCUAUGGUCGUCAUACAGGAUAUGGAGGCUAUGGAAACCUGGCUCGUGGUGGAAGACAGAUCUUCCUAAGGCAAGAAACCCUAACAAAGGAAGUAGUUACGUGGAUUCGACUAGAAGACGGAUUGGUUCCCGAGAAUGUGACGUUGAAUGCGACCUACGGUCAGGAUGAGUAUCAUCCUCUUCAGCAGCACAUUGAGCUCAAGAGAAGCGAGUCCGAGGGGGGUGUUAUGGGGCUGACCAACGCGCGGGGCAUCCGCGGCCUUCAGACCGAAGCCCGGAAGUUUGUGUUUGUUAUGGAGUUAUAG